AUGUCGUCUCGUCAACAGCCGCCAUGGCGGCAACCUCCAUCCCAGGCGGGAGUAGAGCUCCCGCCGUUGCAGGUAUGGAACUCAUUGACCAAGUCUAAGACGCCUUUCGUUCCGAUCGAUCAAGCUGGAAAGAAGGUUUCUUGGUACGUGUGCGGACCGACAGUCUAUGACGAUUCGCAUUUGGGACACGCGCGGAACUAUGUCAGCACCGAUAUUAUUCGGCGCAUCCUGCGCGACUACUUCAAGUUCGAGGUCAAAUUUGUGAUGAACAUUACAGAUGUGGAUGAUAAGAUCAUUUUGCGCGCCAGACAACAGCAUCUUUUCAACGAAUACGUCGCUGUGAACCCCACAAUUACCCCGGAGGUCUUGGAUACGGCCAGGAAAGCUUAUACCGCAUACCUCAAGAAGAAUCUGUCGUUACUAGACCCCGAGUUGCCCCCGGCGCAAUCCCAGAAGGAGGUGGAGAAGGCUUACGCCACAGUGCUGAGCGGCGGUGCUCUUCCCGGCAACGAGAAAGCCGGUGAUGACGAGGCAAAGGUCAAGAUGCACAUCAAGACUGUGGCAUCAGCUGCCGCAGUCUUGAAUAAAGCAGAGAGCGGCACUGCUGGAGACGCGUCUUUGUUUGCGGAGUCUUUCUACACCAACGCACAGGAUGUUCUUCUACCCUAUCUUGAUGCUCUGAAAGGUUCCUCAAUCGACGCCGAUGACCACAGCAUCUUCACAAAGUUGACGAAGAAAUACGAGGAGCGAUUCAUGAAGGAUAUGCGGGACCUGAACGUCCUUGAUCCCGAUGAGCUAACUCGCGUGACGGAGUAUGGUGCUGAGAUUGCGGAUUUCGUCGAGCGUAUUGUCAAAAAUAAUUACGGCUACGCAACGAAUGAUGGCUCUGUGUACUUCGAUAUCAAUGCCUUUGAGGCGGCUGGUCACCCGUAUGCCCGUCUUGAACCCUGGAGCCGAUCUGACAACAAAUUAGCCGCCGAGGGCGAAGGUUCCUUGAUCAACAAGACAACAGAGAAGCGCAGCGCUUCCGAUUUCGCUCUCUGGAAGUCAUCCAAGCCCGGAGAGCCCAGCUGGGACAGCGCUUGGGGCAAGGGUCGUCCCGGAUGGCACAUUGAGUGCUCAGCCAUGGCUUCAGCCCGGCUGGGUAACCGGAUGGAUAUCCAUUCUGGUGGUAUUGAUCUUGCCUUCCCGCACCACGAUAACGAGCUGGCCCAGAGUGAGGCAUACUGGGACGAUAAGCACAACCAUGAGCAGUGGGUCAAUUAUUUCUUGCACAUGGGUCAUCUGUCUAUUCAGGGCUCCAAGAUGUCCAAGUCUUUGAAGAACUUCACCACCAUCCGGGAAGCUCUUGACCGGAAAGAUUGGACCCCGCGGAGUCUGCGCAUCGUCUUCCUUCUGGGAGGCUGGAAGGAAGGCAUUGAGAUUACAGAUGAGCUGGUUAGCGCCGGCAACUCCUGGGAGGACAAAGUCAACAAUUUCUUCCUCAAGGUGAAAGAUCCGGCUCUUCAGGGUUCGGCCACCGACUCUACCUUCGGUGCUGAUCUGGAGGCCGCCAAAACGGCUGUGCAUAAGCACCUGUGCGACUCCUUUAACACAGCAGGUGCCAUGCAAACCAUUUCGGAACUCAUUACAAAGUACAAUAGUGCCGAUAAGGCCAUCCUGAGCCCCAAGGAUGUCGAGGCUGCCGCCCGGUGGGUGACCUCACUUGUCAACAUAUUUGGUCUCAACGGGGCUACUCCCGCCGAUAGCACUGACAUUGGUUGGUCGGGCAUUGACGUUCCUGAGGAGGCCAAACCUUUCCUUUACCCUCUGUCUACCAUGCGUGACACUAUCCGUCAAGCAGCCCUCUCCAAGGAGGGGAUCUCCUCGCAGCAAAUUGAAGAGGCGACCAAGGAAGCUUCCCCAUCCGAGGCUUCUGAAUCAGCCAAGCCCUAUGCCGAAGUCCUGUCUAACUUCCGGACCAAGGUUAUCUCCUUGAAGUCAUCUGACUCGGCUGGCAAGGAAAUCCUCACUCUCUGUGAUCGUGUGCGAGAUAUCGACCUGUUCGAUCUGGGUAUCUACCUGGAGGACCGCGAUAACCUCCCUGCACUUGUCCGCCCCGUGACCCGUGAGAUGAUCCAGGCACGGGAGGAGAAAGAAGCCCGUGCCCGCCAAAAGCAGCUGGAGAAGCAAAAGCGGGAACAGGAGGCUUUGAAGCAAUUGGAGAAGGGUAAACUCAGCCACCUUGAGAUGUUCCGGACCAACGAGUACAGCGCCUGGGAUGACGAAGGUCUUCCCACGCGUGAUGCUGCUGGCGAGGAGCUCACUAAGAGCCGCGCAAAGAAGCUCCGUAAGGACUGGGAGCGACAGAAGAAGGUGCAUGAGGCCUGGCUGGCCAAGCAGGCCCAAUAG